AGACGCUAGAAAAAAAAGAAGCAAAUAUCAAAGUUCUUGAACGAAUUUGUUUCAUUUUGGUCGUUGCGAUCGUUCAUAUUAAGUGUUUAUAGAAAACAGUCGACAGGAAAAACUAUGUCUGGUAGAGUGGCUGUGUUGUUAUUCUUUGCAGCGACAUUUUACACUGAGUUUCCGUUUGCAAGUGCUUACAAUUGGAAAGAUUUUCCUGAAUCAGAGACGAAAAUUAUAUACCCGGAUAAAAAAUCGGCGACGAUGACAUGGAAAUGGUCAUUACAAAGGAACACGAAAGAUAACGAAGACGAAAUAAUAAACCAGCUCGUCAUCAAUCGGUACGAAUUCGGAAAUCAACUUGCUACGGUAAAAACAGUUGGAGAAUAUUUAUCUGCUGGCAAAGGGGUAGUUCGGACUGAUGAUGAUUCAUUAUUCUCGCUGCGUUUUGAAAAGGGAGCAGUGGGAGGCAAAGAUGGCUUUGCAGAAUUCACUAUCAAAGAUGUUGCCAGACAAGGCAAAAAUAAAGAUGGUUCGGCCGUUAAUGUGGAAACUGGAAACUAUAUGUUUAUCUGCAAAAUGGCUAUAGUUUACGUUGUAAGCAAUCCUGGUCCAAAAUCGACGACACUGAUUGUAUAUGAAAAACCAUCAUUCACAAACACACCAAAGAAUAAACAAACUUCGGACAGUAGUAUUACCCUUGAAUGCACUGCUAAAGGAAGACCGCAACCAAGAAUCAGCUGGACAAUCUUAGAGGCAUCAGGAGAAAKCAGGGUAACUGAAUCACAGACUCCACUAACAAUCAAUCCAAAGAGUGAUUCUGGUGUGUACAAUUGUACUGCUAGAAGUGUUGCAGGCAGUGUGUCAGCUGUGGCAGUCGUACAGUAUACAGGAUGUGACUCCACAUGUUCCAAAGAUAGCAUGGGUAUUGAAAUGACAGGACUUACCUUUAAAAGUGACUAUGAAAAUAUAAACUCUACAGAAUCUGAGAAGUUGAGAAAUAUCAUUGAGCAGGAAGUGAGUUGAUUUUUUUCUAAUGUAGUUACAAAAUGUAUGCAACCUUAUGCUGAUUUUUAUUUAAAU